AUGCCCAACGAAGUGGAGAAUGUCUGCUGUAGAGAAAUUCCAAAGAGAGAGGACCUGGUCAAGCUCUCUAACAUAACUUGGAUACAAACAAUGGACUCUAACAUGACUAUUGUGAGACCAGCAUACUUCGUUAUCAGUGGCUUUUCAGGAAUCCCUCAUGUUAACUACUACUAUUUAUUUUUACUGGUGCUCUACAUCAUGUCAGUGGUGGAAAACGGGGUAGUGAUGGCCUUGAUCUGCUUAGACCAGAGUCUCAAGACUCCAAAGUAUAUUGCAGUGUUUAACUUGGCGUUUGUAGACGUGGUCGGCAGUUCCUCCCUGGUGCCCAAGGUUAUCGACACGUUCUGGUUCAACAACAAGUACAUCACGUACAGCAACUGCUUAACUUAUGAGUUUUUUAAUUAUAUGACCCUCACCAUGCAGUCUCUUAAUCUGGUUGUACUCUCCUUCGACAGGCUAGUGGCGAUCACCUUUCCAUUACGUUAUCAGAUCAUUGUGAGUCUGAAGACCAUGUUCUCACUGAUAGCUGCUUGCUGGAUUAUUGCCAUCCUUGUCAACUUGAUAGCUGUAGGGCUUCUAACACGGCUGUCCUACUGCAGGUCUGUUGUUAUCAACAGCUAUUUCUGUGACCAUGCACCACUUUAUCGACUCGCCUGCAAUGACAAUCGGCCUAAUUAUAUACUUGCCAAAGUGUUACCAGCUAUUAUUCUUUGGGUUCCAUUGCUGUUUAUCUUGAUCACUUACACGUCCAUUGGUGUUGCUCUGUCUAAAAUAGCUGGAGCCCAUGAUAGAAUGAAGGCUUUCAAAACAUGCAGUGCUCACAUGAUUUUAGUGGCAAUCUAUUACUUACCAAUUCUAUUCACUUUGGCUUUGGAUGCUAAAGUGCCUCCAAAUGUCAGGAUCAUUAAUAUGUCUCUCGCUGCUGUCCUACCUCCAGUGUUGAACCCACUCAUUUAUGUUUUACAGACUCAGGAAAUUAAACAGUCUCUGAAAAAGGUGUUCAAAAGAAUAAAACGAUCAAAAAUUGCUAUGAAAUAG